GAUGAACAUUAAUCCUCUGUCCUGAUCAGCGUAAGAAUCAAAGCUGCUGCUUUUACUCUUUCUGACAGCGCUUAUUCUCUCUCUUAUCAUCUGCCUAUUUUCUCUCUCUACUCUGUUCACCACCACCAUCACCACACUCUCUCUGUCUCUGUGUAUCUUUAAACUCUCUCUCUCUCUAUCUUUCAUUCUUACCGUUACCACCAUUUUUAUUUCACCGUUCACAUUAUAUACAAACACAAAAACACUCAUAUUCGCUUUUCUCUUUUUCUCUCUCUCUCUCUCUUUCUCUCUUUCUCUCUUAGUUUCUCUUUCUCCUCUUCUCUCCUCUCAUCAUCUCAUUAUCACCAUCACCUUCAUCCUACCAUUUUUUUUUCAUCAAUUAAAUUCGCAAAAUGAAUGAAUUGGAUAAUUUGAGACAAGAAGCAGAAACCUUGAAGAAUACAAUCAGGGAUGCUAGGAAAGCCGCUUGCGAUACUACUCUUGUCCAAGCUACAAGUAGUAUGGAACCUGUUGGCCGCAUCCAAAUGCGGACUAGAAGAACACUUCGUGGGCAUUUAGCUAAAAUUUACGCCAUGCAUUGGGGAUCUGAUUCUAGAUACCUUGUAUCAGCCUCUCAGGAUGGUAAAUUAAUAGUUUGGGACGCAUACACCACAAAUAAAGUCCAUGCCAUUCCAUUGAGGUCUAGCUGGGUCAUGACUUGUGCCUAUGCCCCAUCAGGUUCUUAUGUUGCCUGUGGAGGUCUAGAUAAUAUAUGCUCGAUCUACAGUUUAAAAACAAGGGAAGGAAAUGUUCGAGUUAGUCGUGAACUACCAGGCCACACUGGUUAUUUAUCUUGCUGUCGAUUUUUAGACGAUAACCAAAUCGUCACUAGUUCUGGAGAUAUGACUUGUGCUCUUUGGGAUAUUGAGACUGGCCAACAGUGUACAUCCUUUACUGGACACACAGGAGAUGUCAUGUCCCUUUCAUUAUCUCCUGAUAAUCGUACAUUUGUCUCUGGAGCCUGUGACGCUUCAGCUAAGUUGUGGGAUAUUCGAGAUGGCCAAUGUAAGCAAACUUUCCCUGGUCAUGAGUCUGACAUAAACGCAGUCACGUUUUUUCCAAAUGGCUAUGCCUUUGCAACUGGCUCAGAUGAUGCUACUUGUCGUCUUUUCGAUAUUAGAGCUGACCAAGAAUUGGCUAUGUACUCCCAUGAUAACAUCAUUUGUGGAAUUACCUCUGUUGCAUUCUCCAAGAGUGGAAGACUUUUAUUAGCCGGUUAUGAUGAUUUCAACUGUAAUGUUUGGGACUCUAUGAAAGCAGAAAGAGCCGGUGUAUUGGCUGGUCAUGACAACCGAGUUAGUUGCUUAGGAGUGACGGAAGACGGAAUGGCCGUAGCUACAGGAUCAUGGGACAGUUUCCUUAAAAUCUGGAAUUGAUUGGAAAAGGAAAACAAAGUCAACAUCAUCAACCAAAUAUUAAAAUUACAACCAACCAUUAAAACAAAUUACAAUACAAUUAACCAAUUAACAUCAACUACAACAACAACAACAACAAAAUCAUCUACAUUAACAUCUACAAAUACAACAACAAAAACAACCACUACUACAUCAACAAUGUCAACAACGUUAACAAUUAAAACAGCAACAGAAAAAUCAAGUACUACAACCAAUAUCAAUAUAUACACGAAAACACAAGUUGUAUCAUUGCAACCAGCAAACAACGUUGAUCACCAACAAUUAAAGAAACCGAAAAAAAUUUCAAAAAAUGAACCAACCAAACACACAAAAAAACCUAACAUACUACAACACACAAAUCAAACCAUCUUCGAGUGGAUUUCAUUUACUAUAAUUAAUAUAUUUACCAUGAUGAUUAUCUCAUUAUUGUUAACCGAUAUUUCGGCAAUAAAAAACACAAACAUGUUGCCAGAUUGCAAAAGAAAAAAACAAAAAUGGAAACAAAGCAAAAACGAAAACAUUUUCAAAAUCUUCUCUAUCUCCUCUCUUCAAGUCUUAUUCACGUUCUGUUUUAUUCAAUGACAAACAACAAGAAAAAACUCUUUUCAUACCCACCAUUAUUUACCAAUCAUACACAAUCAACUCGAUUCUUCAAAGGGUUAUUUCCUCAUAGUCUUUUUCCUCUUUCUCUCUUCCUCCCUCUCCCUCCACUCUCAUCAUUCUCAUCAUUUUCAUCUUCAUUAAUAUCGCACAAAUCCUCCUCUCCCACCUCUCUCUCUCUCUUUCUCUCUCUCAUUCUAUCUUUUUCUUUCUCUUCCUCCAUCUCCUCGUUAUGAUCUGUUGUAUGUGUAAUUUUGUUUUAAAAAAUAACUAAUUUCAGUAAUCAUGAUGUAAACAGUUAUGUAAUUUUCAAUUCCAAAUCCCUGCAAUUUUAUAAACAAUCAUCAUCAUCAUCAAA